AUGGGAGCAAAAAGCAGUCGACUGUCAGUGGAGGCACGGCUGAGCCUCCUGGGCGAGUGUGGCGUGGACGCCGUGAGGCUGUCCCGCCCCCGCUCGGGGGCUGCUGUGGGAGGGGGAGGCGCUCUCUGGCCUCCUUUACCUUCCGGCAAGGGGCCGAGGGGGGGCGAAGCCCCUUGUGUCGGAUCAGGCGGCCAGCCUGAAUAUGGACAAGCUGGCCGCCUUGGACCAGGAGACACCCAUCAGGGUGCACUGCCUGGCAGGAGGCGCAACAGUCUUCUGUCAGGACCUGCCCCUGAGGGACCUCCUGGCCGGACUGAAGUACACUACGGCGGGGCGUCACGCCGUUUUGUACUUCAGCCUGGCCGGAGGUCUGGGUGUCCACGGGGGGCAGGGGCAGGGCUGCCCCGUGCUCUUUUGCAACAGCAAGAGAGUGGGCAGCCGCCCCAAGCCCCCCAAGAGGACCAGGCUGUCCGCGUCCCAGAGGCGGGGCAGGAGGCCGGCCCCGCCCCAGAGGCUGGCCAGGUGGUGGUGGCCAGCCCGGGGCACGAGGCCGGCCACGCCCCUGAGGCUGGCCAGGUGGUGGCGGCCAGCCCAGGGCACGAGGCCUGCCCCGCCCCAGAGGCUGGCCAGGUGGUGGCGGCCAGCCUGGGACACGAGGUCGGCCCCUCCCCUGAGGCUGGCCAGGUGGUGGCGGCCAGCCCGGGGAAGGAGGCCGGACCCGCCCCUGAGGCUGGCCAGGUGGUGGCGGCCAGCCCGGGGAAGGAUAGCCUGGGCCUGUGGGUCUCGGCCCCCAGCCCGGAGGAGGGGCAAAAGGAGGCCAGGAGCGCCACGACCCCCGUGGAGGACGAGGGAGCGGGGCUCGUCCUCCGAGGA